AUGUUUAACUCACCGAUAAUUUAUGGACGAGCUGGUGAACCAGGAUAUUAUGAUAAAAUUAAUCUUAGACAAAAAUUUCAAGAUUCAAGUGAUGAAAAGAUUUUAAAAAAUCAUACAGAUAUAAGAUUUCAAAAGUAUAAAUUAGCUAGAGAAGAACAAGUGAAUAAAAGACAAUCUAUGCUUGCUGAUCUACUUGAAUGUGAAAUGUAUUUAAUUGAAAAAGAAUGUAGUGAUAAAUUGCUUAAUGAAAGACUUUCUACAUAUCAAAAACGUGCAAUACAAGCUGAAGAAUUAAAAAAAUUAGUUAAGAUUAAAGAAAGCAAGUUAGCUGAAGAAAAAUUAAAUCAACAUUUCUUACAGUCAUCAGAUGAAUCACGUCAACAUUUCAUGAAAUAUCAUCAAUUAGAAAUAGUUAAAGAUAGAAAUGAAAUGGAGAAAUUAAAACAGCUUGAUGCACUAAAAGAACAAUCAUUACAAAAUCUAUUGAAUGCACAAUCAUCUCAUUUAGAAGAGCAAUUAAUUAAAAGUGAAGAGGCAAGUAAUCAACGAAAUUCUCGUGCACGUCUUUUAGCCCAAGAAAAUAAAGCCGAAUCUAAUCAAAAGAUACUUCGAAAACAGAAUGAAAAACUUGAAGAGAUAAAAAAUGACUUAGAAAUUCUAGCCAAUGUUGAAGCAAGUAAACAAAAAGAACAAUCACCUGAAGAGAAGGCUAUCCAAAAACAAGUGGAACGAAACACUAAAAUGAAAGAAGUUCAAAGAUACCAUGAGAAUAGAAGACAAGAAGAUGCAGAAGAAAAACAGGCAGACGCUUAUUGCCUUUCUCUACUACCUGAGAAAUCUAAAGAUGCAGAGAGAAAAAGACACAAGGAAUUACGACAAGAACAAAUAAACUAUUUGAAUUAUGUGAAUCAAAUUAAAAAAGAUGAAAUCUGUGAAGAUAAAUACCAUGAUCAGAUAUGCUUGGAUAUAAUGAAUCAGAAUAGACAAAAACUUCUUAAAGAAAAAGAAAAACGAGAUGAACUAAAACAGAAACAAGUUAAAGAGAUACUUGAAAUGCAAAAAUCUGCUAUAGCAGAACGCAUAAACAAGGAGAAAGCAGAAUACUUGUCAAAAAUUCAAGCGAGUAAAGAAAUAGUGGAAAAGCAAAAGCAAUACGAGGAGCUAAUUCGUCAAGAAGAAGCUAAACAACGUGAUAAAGCUAUCAAAUAUUCAAAUGAACUACUUGAUCAAAUAAAGACUACACAAAUACAACGCAAUGAAGAAGCAAAUCAAAUUUUAGAAGAGGAGAAAAAAUUAUUAAGGAAAGCUCAAGAGAAUUAUCAAGGACGGUUAAACAAUCUGAUAAAAAGCAGCUCAUUCUAUCAGAAAUUACAUCCAUUAAGAAAAGCUAUGGGUGAUUCACUAAUGAAUUAG